AUGAAGAUUAGUCAAGAGUUAGCAAAAGAAUUAGUAGAGAAUGCUAAGAGGAUUGCAUCACCUGGUAAAGGUAUUUUGGCUGCAGAUGAAUCUACAGGGACAAUUAAGAAACGUUUUGAUCAAGUUGGAGUAGAGAAUACAGAAGAAAAUCGGGCUGCUUAUCGUGAAUUAUUAUUUAAGACUGAAGGUUUGAAUGAGUAUAUCUCAGGAGUAAUACUUUAUGAUGAGACAAUUUUCCAAAAGACUGCCUCUGGUGAGAAGAUGACGGACCUAUUACAUAAACAAGGAAUAUUACCAGGUAUUAAAGUUGAUAUGGGGUUAACGACUAUUCCUCUAACUCAUAAUGAGACAUCAACUAUGGGAUUAGAUGGUUUAGCUAGUCGUUGCAAAAAAUAUUAUGAUGCAGGUGCUAGAUUUGCAAAGUGGAGAGCUGUAUUGACUAUUGAUUGUGCUAAUAAGAAACCUAGUAAUUUGGCAAUUCAAGAGACCUCCCAUACAUUAGCUCGUUAUGCAGCUAUUUGUCAGGAACAACGAUUAGUACCUAUUGUAGAGCCUGAAAUAUUGACUGACGGUAAUCAUAGUAUAGAAGUAUGUGCAUCAAUAACUGAGAAGGUUUUAGCUUCUGUUAUAAAAGCUCUUCAUGAUCAUCAUGUAUUAUUAGAGGGAGCUUUACUAAAACCUAAUAUGGUUACACCAGGUUCUGAUUUCCAGAAGAAAGCAACGUGUGAAGAAAUUGCACUUUACACAGUCCGUACAUUAAGAAGAACAGUUCCAUCUGCAAUGGCAGGCGUAAUGUUUUUAUCUGGUGGUCAAUCUGAAGAAGAGGCCUCUCUUAAUCUUUGCGCUAUGAAUAAUAUUAAGGAUAAUAAUUUAUUUCUGUCAUUCUCAUAUGGAAGAGCUUUACAAGCCUCUGUACUAAGAGUUUGGAGGGGUAAAUCAGAAAAUGUAUCAGAAGCACAAAAGGUACUAUUAGAGAGAGCAAAGGCAAAUUCUGAGGCUCAAUUUGGGAAAUAUAGAGGAGGUGUAGGAGGAGCUGAAGCCUUUGAAGAUCUCUUUGUAAAAUCCUACGUGUAUUAG